AUGCAAGUUGCUAAUCCAAAAGCAGGCCUCACUAAAGGAAGUCGUGAUUCCAGCCACGAUGUCCAAGUGCAGAGCCAACCAAAAACUCAAGGACAACGGCAAGCGCAAGGACAAGCACAAGCACAAGCACAAGGACAAACUCAGGGACAACGACCGAGAAGAGUAGCCAGAAGAGCAUGUUUAUCAUGUCGUGAAAAGAAGAUCAAAUGUGAUGGUGAGCCGGUGAGCUCAAUAACCUCUUCUGAUGGAACAAAGAUUAUCCCAGAAAAGACUAGGACAUGCUCCAACUGUAAAUUUCUUGAUAUCGAUUGUGUCUUUGUCCAAAGCAACAGAGGCGGUCGAAGAAAGCGGAAAGACGCAAAUGACGAUGAGACAAUCAGCAUGCACGAAUCAAUAACAGAUAUCAACAUGGGCUCAGCACUGACUCUGGCAUCGGAAGCAAAGAGGAUAAGGAAAACACUACUGGAAAGGGAAUCAGAAGCAGCAACACAACGCGUAAGUCUGUAUAUCCUUGAUGGGACCGGAAAUGCCGUAAAACCUGCACCCCCAUCACCAGCACAGUCAUUAACAAGCAGUGCUUACGAUAGACUUCCAGCCCUUGCCGAACCAUAUUCAGACCGAAUGGGACGACAAUAUCCACCUCCACCGCAGCCUACUAUAAGGUCCUUUCCAGAGACAAGAGCUAAUUACCGUCGUCUCGACCACCACCACGACCACCAUCACGGCCACAAACAAGGACCUCCAUUUAUGCACUCAAGGACUAACCCAAGCAUAUCAUUUUCCAGACCUGAUGUUCCACGAAGACCGCUGUCAGAAGAUAACUAUGUAGGCCAUCGAGUACAAUCGCCCCUUCCUCCCCCACUAGGCAGUCACAACCACACCCAUCCCCGCCGUGGUGGUGAAGAAGGCCCAUUCUCACGCGGGUUUGACUCAUAUUCUCAUUUUCCACCACCUCCACCAUCUGUUGGCUAUCCCCUAUCACAAUCACAAUUACAAUCUCAAUCUCAAUCUCAGCCUGCACCGCCCCCACCACCUUUCCUGACACUUCCGCCCCCACCACCACCACAACAAUUACCACCACGAACUCCGCUAGAAGGGUAUGAUGGUCACUCUUAUCGAUUACCUCCUCCUCCUCCCUCUCCUCCUCCUCAUCAUCUCCAACAUCUGCGUCAUGAUCCUCAUCAUCCUUAUAGUCCGCCACCUUUUCACAAAUUUCCCUCUACAUCAUCACAAACCGCAUCUCAUCAGUUCCCUCCCUUUCCUCCACCACAACAUCUGCAUUUUCAUCCUCGUUUUCACCCUCGUGGACCUCAUGGUCCUCAUGGGCCACAUGGGCCACAUGGGCCACAUGGGCCUCGCCAUGGUCUACGCGGUCCUCAUGGUCCUCAUGGUCCUCAUGGUCCUCAUGGUCCUCGCCAUGGCCCACACGGUCAUCAGCAUCAUGACUUCCCUCCACCGCCUCCAUUUCGUGAACAUCUGGACUAUCCAGGAAGCUACGAAAUGCGCCCUUUUAGACCACUGCCUUCGCCUCAAAAUGACUUAUUUAGAACAACCGGAAAGACGAAUCGUGAAGGUGAUGAAAACGAGGAACAGAGCAUUUUGCCCACUGUCGAAAACCAGAAAGUACAAGCAAAAAAAGCAACCCCGGAAAGCGGUUUGGAAAGCGUUGAAGGUCCAGGAACAUCAGGUGGUAUUGCCUCAUCUGCAGCUGGUCUGCUCGAUGUGAAAAGUACUAGAAUGAAAGCUUCAGCUUCAACAGAAUCUCGCCCUUCGAAUCAAAUGGAUCGUGGUGAGAGUGAUGAAGUUAAAAAACGCGAUAAUAAUAUAGGUAGUAUUGUUAACCAUGCUGGAGACAAUGAGCUGCAAACGAGCGAUCCUAUACUUGGCAGAAAGGUAAAAGAGGCCAAUUUUGCUAAAGCAAAGUCUUAUGCGGAUAGUAAAGUGGUCCCAAAAAUUCAAGCUCCACAAUACGAUGAUGAAAAAGACGCACCAUUCUCCAAUAAAGAGUUGGCAAAGUAUGAACUACCAGAUUGGAAAACACUAAACAAAUUGGUUGACUAUUACUACAUUUACAACCAGCCAGGGCACCAGAUUCUCCCUUGCAAAUCCAUUUUUUUGAAAAAUAUUUCAUUAAACACUGAUAGUUCCAUUUUGCACAUAUUCAUUGGAACCAUUUGUAUAAUUGCCACGCGGAAAGAUUCCACGCUCAAAAUAAGCCCAGAUGAACAUUAUUGGAUUAAGAAAAUGUACAAAUACUGGGACAAUUUGAAUGGAUUAGGGAUUAUGGUUUGUUACAAAUUGAUAGCCAAAUGUACCGCAGUGAGAUUUCACAUGAACAAGAUCAAUCAGCAUAAUAUCAAACUUUAUGAGACAAUCUAUGACAACAAUUUCGUCGAAGUAUAUAGCCAAAAAAGAUUUGACGAAAAAGAGUCACAACGGAAACUGAAACUUGGAUUGAAACUGGAACCAAAGUCAAAACUGAAAUUGGGCAAUUCAUCUUCUAGAACGAGUAGACAGAUUUAUGAGCGUGAGGUUGUUUUGAAACUGAUGUGGAGUUUUUACGUAUACCAUAUAAUUCUAUUACGAUUCAUGCAGGGGAGACCAUAUUAUAAGUUAUCGUCGAUUAUUGAUGAUUUCAAAUUCGAUUACGAAAGAGAUCACUAUUCAAAUAAUGUGUUGUUGCCUUUAGAUGAUACUGACUUUCAAACAUUAAGUCUUGGAGCAAAUAGAACCACGUGGAAGCAAUUACAUGACAAAGAUCAUAUUCCCUCUGAUUUUAACAGCUUAACAUUGGCGAGCAAGAUAUUUGAAAGCCUAUUGAGCAAAUUGGCAAAUGGUGACUUGACAUUUGAUAAUUUGAUUAGUAAGAAUGAAUUCAAUGUUGACCUUACGAAUAAGAUCAAGAAUUUGCACUCCAGCGUUGUAGAGGACAGGAAAAUCAUUGUUGUGAAUGUGACUUAUUGGCUUGCCAAUAUGGUUUUGCGUGUUGGUGAAGUAUUACAGUACACGUACUUUAUAGUACGGGUGAUGAAAUUCAAAUUAUCGAAACAUGAUUUUAGAAAAAGACAGCUCAAUGAUGAUGACGAUGAUGAUAACAAUAACAACAGCAGCAACAAUAAUAAUAAUAAUAACGGCAAUAGCAACGACAAUGAUGACGAAAUGAAUAUGAGUGAAGCAGACGAAAUGAGCCAGCCUUUGAUCUGUGAUGAAUUAUUGGACUUGGACGACCCCACCACUUUAUUAAAGGGUUUUGACGUCACACACUGGAAGAGUCUUGUUGAAGUUAUCAAGUCAAUGUCGGGGUUUGUUGCAUUGAUUGAACUUAUUCCGCUGGCUAAGUAUAAGGAUUUUUCCAUUGUUUGUGGUCCCACAUUGUUCAAUGCUGAGGAUGAUGAGUUUAGAAAGCUGCCGUCUUCCUCGUCACUCCGCGAUGUGAUGAACACUAGAGAGUGGUGGGAGGCGCCAGAAUUGAAAGCAUCUGUCAAGCAAAGUUGGGUUAAAUUACCUCAAUAUACCUUGUCCUUUUCUACCGCUUUCUUAUCAGUUGCGUGCAGUUUGGUAUUCUUGACAAAAUUUAUCAAGUUAUCGAGAAACCAGGAGACAGGUAAACUAGUUGUUGAGUUUUUAACCACUGGUGAAACUCGGGAUAUUGAAGGUGUUGAGUUGGAAGACGACGUCAUUGAGAGUUUGUUUGACCAGAACGUCAUGGCGCAACAAGUUUCAUCGAUUUGUGAAUUCACAAAGUAUAAAUUGAGCUUUUGCGACGAGGACCUUAUGGAAAUCACCAUAAAACGAAUGAACAAGUUAACUCAGUACCUUGAUAACUUGUUGCACCGUUAG